AGUGAUGGCCAUGAGAGAGAGGGGGGGGGGAGGGGGGGGGGGGGGAGAGAGAGAGAGAGAGAGAGAGAGAAGAGAGAGAGAGAGAGAGAGAGAGAGAGAGAGAGAGAGAGAGAGAGAGAGAGAGAGAGAGGGAGAGAGAGAGAGAGAGGAGAGGGAGAGAGAGAGGAGAGAGAGAGAGAGAGAGAGAGAGAGAGAGAGAGAGAGAGAGAGAGAGAGAGAGAGAGAGAGAGAGAGAGAGAGAGAGAGAGAGAGAGGAGAGAGGAGGGAGAGAGAGAGAGGAGAGAGAGAGGAGGAGAGAGAGAGAGAGAGAGAGAGAGAGAGAGAGAGAGAGAGAAAGAAAGACCCUCUAUAACUUAUUACCGUUGUCAAUGAGUUCUG